AUGGACCGCCAGUCACAGCAUCGAGAAUCCAGCUUCGUGAUGGAAGGCAUUUGGCUUACCAAGAACAUGGACUGUCAAAGGAUGUUGCCAAGAUUAAAGUCGUCUUCAUCCACGGCUUUGACGUCUGUAGGCUGGAUGAUGUCAUUGCCACUUAAACAUCUCCAGAACUUGUCGAGAAGUUGGGGAUCUAUUUUGUGUCGUACGACAGACCUGAUAGGAUGGGGUUGCCUGAAGUACAUUCCUCACAGGCUUGCAGGGGUGACAUUGUUGACCCCAGCCAGUAACUACUGGUGGCCUGGUUUUCCUUCCAAUUUAUCUACUGAAGCCUUGUACAAACAACCACCUUGUGACUACUGGUCUCUUCGUGUGGCUCAUUAUGCUCCCUGGUUAACUCAUUGGUGGAAUACCCAAAACUGGUUUCCAAGUCUUGGUGCAACAAAACCUCAUGUUCUUUCUCGUGAAGAAAGAGAAGUUGUGGCGAAGCUUAUAGCUAAAGGAGCUAAUCAUAGGGAGCAUGUAAGGCCGCAAGGAGAAUACGAGUCUCUCCACCGUGACCUGAACUUAGGAUUUGGCGCGUGGGAGUUCGAUCCCGUGGAGAUGGAGAACCCUUUCACGGGCGAGGAAGUCUAUGUGCAUCUGUGGCAAGGAGACGAAGACACUCUGGUGCCUGCUACACUGCAGCGCUACAUUGCGGAUCGCCAUUCUUCUUGGAUUCGGUACCACGAGCUGGCUGGUUCUGGACACCUUUUCCCCCAUGUCGAUGGGAUGGCGGACACCAUUGUGAAGACGAUGGCGAAUGGCAAGCAGUAA